GUGGCAGUCGCUGCCGACGACGACGACGACAACGACGACGACGACGACGACGACGACGACAACGACGACGAUCGCACACGAUCAUAACGACGACGACGACGACGAAUGGUACCGAUCUCACCGACGCGAAUACGACGCGUCUUAUCACGCCGGUAUUGUUUCCCCAAUUAAAUCGACUCGAGCGUGGGCGCGCGCGAGUGAACGAGUGAGAUCUCGCACCUCCUCGCAGGUACCAGCUGCAAGUGUGGCUGAAACUAAAUCCGAGAGUACGUCAGUGUCUCUGGUGUCGUCGAUUGCACCCCUGUGUGCGCGUGUGUAUGUGCGAGGAUUAUCCCGAGAGAUAAAGAUUUAUUCGUGUCGGGGCACCACGCGUGCUCCGUUCUCCCCGUUCGAAAUGCUCGAAUAGAAUUUACGCGGUUCUGUGCGAUGCGCGAUUUAAAUCUCCCUCGCAUCUGUCGCGAGUGUGCCACUGUCGGAUAGACCGUAAGUACUUUUCCCUCGAGCGCAAUUUCUCGCGAGUAUCGAUACCACAGAGUGUUCUUCGCAAGUGUUAUCGUCGAGUCUCGCGGGCUAACGGAAUGAAUUUUCUCUCGCGAAAAGAUUGCCCAAGUGUUAAUUAUUGACCGAUCCUUCGUUCGACGAAGGUUUCUUCCCUUAAUCUAAAUUCUCUCAUUCUCGAUUUAUUCCGUUUCAAAGACUAUUAAUAGUCGAUAUUAUUUCGACGUAUACUUUAUGAAAGUGUUCGACUUCUCGCGACGUUAAAUUCAAGGUAUUCGGCAGGGAGAUAGCAUACGGACGAGACGAUCGUCAACGUUGUUUGAAGAAGCGCGAAAGUGACGCGCGAUAGUGCCACCUGACCGCGUCUCUAAAUUAAACCACGCCGCGCGCAAAAGGAGGACCACCUACCAAGAAUAAUGUCAGGCGAAAAGUGAGGGGGAUCGGUGGUAAAAAGCGGCGCGCAAAAGGCACGCGCCCAAGACUCAGGAUCAAAGUUGAAAUUCCUCGAGAGGGCGGCAAAGGAGGAGGAGGAGGAGGAGGUGGUGGUGGUGGUGAUGGUGGUGGUGGUGGAAGAAGACGCGCGUGCACGAUCGGAACAAGUCAAAGCGGACGAAGAGGACGACGACCAGGCUCGAACUCGCUGCGAGGCCGAAGUGGAAGAAACGUGCGCGAGGAAAGAAGAAAAAGGGAAUUACAAAGGAAGCGGGAAAAAACGCCGACUGGUUUUGUUAAUCAAAAGACUUCGAGACACGCGUCCGGUUUAAUAACGAGCGAGGGGUGGAGGAGGAGGGACUCGUGUGAAAGGAGUCGUCGGAGGACCUCCGCUCAUGAAUUGUGUGUCGCCGGCGCCUGUGCUUUCUCGUCACUCCCGAGUAAAUAAGACUGACAAAGAAUGAGGGCCCACUCUUGAAUAAAUGAAUGAAUAUCAUUGAACUGUCGUCGAAUACAAAUAUGUUUGCGGAAGAUUGGAAAUUUUAGGACGGGACGCGAAGAGAAACCUAAAAGUUGUUCGUGAAUCGAACAACUGCAGCUGCGAAAGGGUGUAGAGAGAUCACGGGGACUCCUUGCGAUUCUUAUUAUUAUUUUUAAGUGGUAUACUUUUAAAUGAUAUAUGUAUUUAAAAAAAUUGAAAUUCGAUCAUAGAUACAUCUAGAUAUAAUAAAAAAAUCAUUAUUUAUUAAUAUAUAAACAAUAUAGUUACUAAUAUAACGCAAGCGGAUCAGUUAGUGCAACGUUAUACGAAUGUUAAGAACGAUCGAGUUACGAGAAUGCCUGGAUAUUCCGAGUCGUUCGAGUGGUCGCGAUCGAUCGAGCGAGCGGUGCGAUCGAAAUUGUUCUCGGAUCCGCGUUUGCCUCGCGAGAAGGACUGCCGCUGAACUUUGCCCUUAUCUCUGAAAAUAUUCCGACUCAAUUCGAUCGAUUGAGAUCGAAUGCUGCUCCCCGUGACGGGAGAACGGAUUCGACGUGUUGAGUGCAGCCAUCGUGACACCUGAGCCUCGACACAAGACGGUAUCGAAAUGCACUGUGCGUCGGGAUACGUGUUUCUGACGAGUUUGCUGACGAUGGUGCUAAGGACUCAUCGAAUGGGCGCGGCUGCGGAGGAGUCGUCAGAGUUCCACAACAAAGUGCCCGUGAGAUUAGUCUGGGCCACCGAAGGCGACGACGUCGAGCUGCCAUGCGACAUCACGCCGCCGACGCCGGAGGAUUCGGUUAACAUGGUUCUCUGGUUCAAGGACAACGCCGGGAUACCGCUCUACAGUUUGGACGCGAGAAACGGUAGCUUGAUUGGCGCCAUCCACUGGGCGGUCAGCGACGAUCUCGGGAGACGAACGUACUUCCAGGUUGGUGACGGUCACCGGGCGAAAUUAAAGGUCACCAAGGUGACGUUAAAAGAUCAGGGGGUCUUUAGGUGCAGAGUAGACUUCGUGGACUCACCGACACGAAACUUCCGCGUAAAUUUGACUCUAGUUGAACAGCCAAGUAAGCCCGUGAUAUACGAUGCCCAAGGACGAGAGGUUAGUGGGGUGGGCGGCCCUUUUCUCGAGGGUUACAACCUUGCUCUGAUAUGUCAAGUGUCAGGAGGUAAACCUAAGCCCUCAGUGACGUGGUGGAAGGAUGGCGAGCUCCUGGACGGUGUGGUCGAUACCUCGUCUAUCGGCUCGUCGAGCAGAUUUACGGAGAACCACUUGUUCAUCGACCAAGUCACCAGGUCACUGUGGGGAGCGAAGCUCGAAUGCAGAGCUCAAUCCGGACCGAUGGAGAAACCUGUCGUUCGCGAGGUGCCUCUGGACAUAUAUCUUAAACCGGCAAUCGUAAAGAUUGUUCUGAGCGAGGAACAGAUCUUCGCGGGUCGCCCGAUCGCCGCCAGAUGCGAAACCUGGGGCAGUUCUCCAGCGGCUAGGAUCAUUUGGCGACUCGGCGAGCACGUAAUGGGCGAUCCCAACGUGUCGACCACGCAGAGGAGUAACUCGACAGUGAGCAAGUUGGCCUUAGUCCUCGGUAAGGACGACGACGGCAAGGAACUGGUCUGUCGAGCCGAAAAUCCGAGAUUUCCCGGCGGAGUGCUCGAGGAAGUCAAAAUACUUCGCAUCUCUUAUGCUCCGGUAGUUGUCGCUCGUUUGGCUAAUGGCUACGUCUUGGACACUUUGAGGGAGGGCGAUGAUCUCAAGUUGAUCUGCGACGUUCAGAGCAAUCCGCCACCGGCGCGAGUAACUUGGUACCACAAUAAUCAGCGGUUGGUGCACGACGUAAACGCCGGAAUUCUACUGGCUUCUAACUCGCUGACCCUCCGCGUUCUGGCUCUCGCACAUGUCGGCGACUACUCCUGCGUAGCCACGAACGCCGUGGGAGAAACUCAUAGCUCGCCGCUUUUUAUUCACAUGAAAUAUGCCCCGAGAUGCAGAGAAGAUAACGAAAGAAAAGAGAUCACCGUCGCUCGUCACGAGACCGUACGACUCAGGUGCGAAGUGGAAGCGUUACCCGAUGACUAUGUACGAUUUUCAUGGACCUACAACGGCACUGUCGGAGACGUUCUACCUAUGCCAAAUUCGAGAAUUGAAAAUAAAGGACUCGUGAGCGAAUUAGACUAUACCCCCAACGCCGAAACCGAUUACGGCACGUUAGCUUGCUGGGCGAGCAACAGCAUCGGACGGCAAAGGACACCGUGUAUAUUUAACAUCGUACCUGCUAAACCACCGCAACCGCCAUUGGACUGUGCGUUGUACAACGAGACCAGCUCGCUGGAAGUUAAUUGCAUCCCGGGAUCGGAUGGCGGGUCGCCGCAGCACUUUUUAUUGGAAGUACGGGGGUCUCUUAGGAAUUCCGGGAUCGGCCAUAUCGGUCCUCACACCCUUCAAACGCCUCAGAGCGAUCAGGGGACGGUCGGGGAAUCUCCCCCGAUAUAUCAGGACAUGAAUCCUACUCCAAACUUCCAACUUCACGAUCUCGAACCAGGGUACGAUUACACGGUAUACGUUUAUGCCGUCAAUGGACGUGGCACGAGCGAACCCGCUCUUCUGGAACACGUCAGAGUUGUCGAACCUAUCGGCAGGAAGAUGGAAAGGAGCGGCAUCUUUUUGGAAGACCUGAAAAAGGCGUUGCCGCAAGCCAGCUCCGAGAACAUGAUCAUCGUUAUUGCACUGACAGGUACAGGCGUGGCAGCGUUGAUCCUCAUCGGUAUCGGAGUGAUCAUUGGCGUGGCGCUCUGCAGGAAGAGAUCGAACACUCCCGUUAGAGACGGCCCCGAUGAUUUCACUACACCGACCUACGUUCCGGCCCAGAGAAUUGAACCCAGACUCAGAUAUUCCAACGAGAAUAGGCGUUCUCAAAGGGCGAGUCUCUACGUUGAGGAAAACCGAAAGGAACCAGAUUUACUGCAACAAGUGGAGCUCGAGUUACAAGACUAGAUCACACACACACGCACACACACACACACACACAUACACACACACACACACACACACACACACACACACACACCUGAUUUUGUACAGUUAAAAAUAAUCAAGACACAAAGUGCAAUGUUAAGUAGAAUUCCAUAUGUCGAGUUCAAUUCAGGCUCCUCGUCAUUCGUGUAAAUUUGUAUGUCCCGACUGUCAAAUUUAUAUCACGUCGUAAAACCGGAAUCUGCUAUAACGAGUAGCCGUUAGCCGUACGAAAUCGUUUAUUCGACGAUCUCAAAGGAUUGGCGGUGGAGCGACGCGUGGUACUUUUUACGAUAGAGUCGGGAAAUCUGCCGUUGUAUUCAGCCGGCAAAUCGAGGCGUUACGAAACAUUCUAUUAGUUAUUUACGUUUGCCAUACGCGAGACGUAAAAAAUCCGCAGCCGACAGUUUUUUAAGUUAUAUAGAGCCUAGAGUUAAAAUAACAUUAUAAAAUGUACAGCUAUUUUUACAGCGUAGGAGGCUAAGGCGAUACGGUAUAUUCCCGUAUACUUGCAAGUAUUAACGUGUUAACGUUGACCUAAAAACGUGAUUUUAUGUACCUUUGUCGCUUAACAGACCGCUUCAAAAAAACGUCAGUUAUUAAAUUAAAUUUUAGUCAUUUGGGAUCUGUAGUAAAUUUUAAUCGCGCGUAUUUUACACGAAUUUUGAGUUCAUCCAAUUAAGAAACUCAAAUUUAUUACGUCAUACGCUGCAUGAUACUUUGCAUUUCCUUCAUUUGCUCCAUUGUUGUAAUCGACUUACAUAACUUUCGGAUUUACACUUUUUUUGAAGCAGUCGGUAGUUUAUAAAUUAAUGAUUAAUUUGUAUAAUCUUUGAUCAGCGUGGUUCACGCUAAUUUGUGCGACGAUGUAAAUACUGUAUUCACACGUAUUGGCUGAUACACGGAAUUAAAAAAACUGCCAUGUUGUAUUAUUAGUGAUUAAUAAAAUUAAAAAGACUACCAUUAAA